AUGGAUCCUCAAGAUAUUCACUUGAUAUUAGGUUUAAAACCAAGUAAAACAUUUAUGUUGGAUGAUUAUGUCUGGAUACAUACGAGGUCAGGCCAUUACACGGUGAAAUCGGGGUAUCGAGUUGCAACAGAAGAGACUAUAGGGUGUCAGGAGGUACUUGAGCCAAGUCUAACAAAGUUAAAGAGUCAAGUGUGGAAGCUUAAGUCGCCGAGAAAGAUUAAACAUUUCAUUUGGCAGGCGAUAUCUGGUUGUAUUGCCUCCUGUAGCCGGUUAGCUGAUCGUCACUGUGGAACAGAUAGAACAUGCCCGAGAUGCGGUGCUUAUGAGGAGUCAAUAAACCACGUAUUGUUCGAAUGCCCACCAGCCCUCCAGGUAUGGGCAUUAUCGCAUAUUCCGACAGCCCCGUGUUCAUCCUUGUACUCAAAUCUUGAUUUCCUCUUCUGGGGUGCAACGGACCAAGGUAUCGAAUUUUCUCUGGUAGAGGUGUUCCCAUGGUUACUUUGGUACAUAUGGAAGUCCAGGAACGAUAAGGUCUUUAAUAACAAAGACAUACUGCCGCCGGACAUGCGAGACACUGCAUACUCAGAAGCUGUCAACUGGAAGCUAGCUCAUGAAAUGGGAAGAGCAGAGAUAGAGGAGGAUGAGACGGAGGAACCAGUCGCGAGGGCAACACAAGGCGAUGCACGAGUGUGUCGUUUCGACGCUUCUUGGAAGGAUACCGAUGGUACAACAGGUCUGGGUUUUGAGCUGAAAGGUGCCCCACAAACGGUAUACGGUAUCAAAGGACCCUCACGACAACUUACCCCCCUCCAAGCUGAGCUGGACGGACUGCUUUGGGCGAUGGAGACGGUGCUCUUAAGAGGCUAUGAUAAAGUGAGAUUUGAAACAGACUGUUCAAGUAUUCCCAAGAUACUCGAUGAGAUGGAAGACUGGCCAGCUUUUGCUACGGAGCUGGAAAACUUCACUAGGUUGAGAAAAAGUUUUUAUGUUUUUUCAAUCACACAUAUUGCUAGAACAAGAAAUGUCCGUGCCGACUGCCUUUCCAAGAGCGCUCGAGUACGUGGAACAAUUUUUUCCCAUGUUAGCUCGCAGAUUCCGGAAUGGUUGGCUCAUGAGGCUAACCAAUUCGAUCUAGCGUAA